AUGCUAGCCAGAGAGCAUUCUGCCAACAUUAACGCGCAUUUAGCAACAGGGGAAAGCACACUGUUUCGAAUACUACCAGUAGUCAUACACUCUGGUCAGGAAAGUGUAUCAACGUACGCCUUCAUAGAUGAUGGCUCAUCUCUUACACUCAUCGACGAACAGCUUUUAAAACAGCUGAAUGUAAGAGGAACACCACAACCACACUGCCUACGUUGGACUGGCGACACACAUCGGUACGAGAACGAGUCUGUCAUAGCCGACCUGACUAUAUCGGCUCUAAAUGGGCAUAGGCAAUUUUCUCUUAAAGGUGUUCGCUCUAUGAAGAAACUCCAGUUGCCUACUCAAUCGCUUGACGCUAACAAAUUACGAUUACAAUUCAAACAUUUGAAAGGAUUGUCAUUGCACUCUUAUUCAAACGCCACUCCACAACUGCUGAUAGGCUUAAAUAACGCGGCUCUUGGAUCUCCAAUAAAAUCCAUAUAUGGGGGAGAGAACGGGCCAAUUGCAGAAAAAUCUAAAUUAGGAUGGACCUUGAAAGGGUCGAUGCAAAAGGCCGGCGCCGAUCCUAUACACCACGUUUAUCACAUCUGUGAUUGCUCUGCUCAAGCUGAACUGCUUGAAAUCACCAAAGCGUAUAUUUGCCUCGACAACUUAGGUGUGUCAACCAAACCUGUUGCCUUGAUGUCUAAGGACGAUGAGGUUGCUUUGGAGCAACUACAAAAAUUCACCGUUCGCACUGGAAGCCGUUUCGAGACCAGCUUAUUGUGGAAGCACCCAGACAUUGAAAUUCCCGAUAGCUUAUCAAUGGCCCUAUUUCGGGCGAACUGUCUACGGAAAAGGAUGCAACGAGACCACGAUCUCGCUGAAACUCUUCACACAAAGAUACGCGAUUAUAUUCAAAAGGGGUAUAUCAGACGUUUAGGACCCCUCGACUCCGCCGUCAAAAAAUAUUGGUAUUUGCCGAUUUUUGCAGUUACCAAUCCCAAUAAACCAGGAAAGGUUAGACUAGUCUGGGACGCAGCUGCUAAGGUAAAUGGAGUGUCCCUAAACAGCAUGCUGCUAAAAGGCCCAGACCUAACAACUCCUCUUCACUCGGUGCUCUUUAAGUUUCGACAAAAGAGAUUUGCUGUGACAGCCGAUAUAGCUGAAAUGUUUCACCAAGUUCGAGUACGGCAAGAAGACCAAAACUUCCUACGUUUUCUUUGGUAUGAACCAAACGCUAAUGAGCCGACUACAUUUGCAAUGACAGUGAUGACGUUUGGGGCCACAUGUUCACCAAGCUGCGCGCAAUAUGUAAAAAAUAAGAAUGCAAAAGAUUUUCAAGAAAAAUUUCCUCUUGCUUCAAAGUGCAUCACCGAAAAUCACUACGUAGACGAUAUGUUGGUAAGUGUGGACACCGAAGAGGAAGCUAUUAAAUUAGCUCAAGACGUUCGUCAUGUCCAUGCACUUGGAGGCUUUAAUUUAAGAAAUUUUUUGUCCAAUUCGAGUCGGGUAUUAUCUGCCCUAAAUGAGAAUCCGCUCGAUGAGCUAUCUCUCGAUCUUGAUCGUGAACUGCCUACUGAAAAGGUUUUAGGCAUGUGGUGGAUUACGUCUAGCGACCAUUUCGCAUUUCGCGUGUCCGCUAAGUAUAGAGAUUCUGACAUAUUUCUUUAUCAAAGGCGGCCUACUAAGCGCGAGGUUUUGAGUUUGGUCAUGACUAUUUACGAUCCUCUUGGACUCCUCAGUUUCUACGUAAUAUAUGCAAAGGUUAUCCUACAAGAGAUAUGGAGAGCUGGAUGCGACUGGGACGUUCCAAUCCCUGAUGAUCAAUUUUCCAAGUGGUUAAGAUGGCUGAAACUAAUUCCGAAAGUAGAGAGUCUAAGAAUUCCAAGAUGCUAUAUGCGAACUGUGUUUGGCGGAGUUCCACAAAUCGAAUUACACACGUUCGUUGAUGCAAGUGAAACUAGCUAUGCAGCAGUUUGUUACCUUCGAUACUCGUAUGGCGAUACGGUUAGCUGUACAAUGAUCGCAAGCAAAACAAGGGUGGCGCCAUUGAAGCUAAUAUUCAUACCUCGUUUAGAACUGAAAGCAGCACUUCUAGGUGCUCGCCUCGCCAAACAUGUUAUCGAAUCGCACUCAAUCCAUAUUGAUAUAUGCGUUUACUGGUCAGAUUGCCGAACGGUAUUAGCGUGGCUACGAUCCGAUCACCGGCACUAUAAACAAUUUGUAGCCUUCCGGGUUAGCGAAAUUUUAGAGCUGACCGGUGUCAACCAAUGGCAUUGGGUUCCAACUGAGGAAAACGUUUCCGACGAAGCAACCAAAUGGAAUAGUGAUCCAGACUUUUCUAAUGACAGUCAAUGGUUUAGAGGGCCAUCAUUCUUGCACCUCUCGCCUGACAAGUGGGUUAUGUCUGACGAAUUGCAAUGCAUUGCAAGUGAAGAACUGCGUCCACAAUUUACUGGCUUUCAUCACCCAACCUCAAAACAGCAUCAGGUAGUACCAGAACUAUUGAGAUUUUCAACUUGGAACCGUCUACUUCGUGCAACAGCUAUGACAAUGUAUUGUGUUCGGGUCUGGCUAAGCAUUAUUCGAGAUAAUCAACCUGUUGGUAAUGGACCAACUACUGAAGAUUUUCGUAAAUCGGAAUGUUAUCUUUGGAGAAAGGCGCAACACGACAACUUCGGAGACUCUAUCGCAUCUCUAGAAGCCGGAAAGCCAGUUGACAAAUCCAGCAAUAUUCUGAAGCUAUCACCUUAUCUGGAUGAUCACGGCGUUUUGAGAAUAAAUGGUCGAGUUAAGAUAACAGGGCGACCAGAUCAAGUAUUAUUGCCCUCAAAUCAUCAUGUUACGUACCUUAUCAUUAACCACUUCCAUGUAAAGUACCAUCAUGGAAAUUUGGAAACAGUGGUGAAUGAGAUAAGGCAGUUCUAUUGGAUCAUAAAACUACGAACAGUGGCUAAUAAGAUUCGACGUAUUUGUCAGCAUUGUAAAAACAGAACAUCUCAACCUCGGCCACCUAUGAUGGCAUCUCUGCCCGCAUUCCGGACAUCAGCAUUUAGUCGACCGUUCUCUUACGUAGGCGUUGACUACUUUGGUCCUCUCCUGGUUACGGUCAAAAGAAGUACCGAGAAGAGAUACGGAGUAUUAUUUACCUGCCUAACAACCCGAGCAGUGCAUCUUGAAAUCGCAUACUCUCUCUCGACAGACUCCUGCAUUCUAGCUGUACGUAAUUUUAUGGCGCGCCGAGGUAGUCCGGUAGAAAUAUGGAGUGAUAAUGGUACGAACUUCAAAGGUGCUGAGAAGGAGUUGAAGUUAACAUUUGAUCUGAUAGGUGAAAAUCACAUCACAAGAACCUUUACUUCUGCUGCAACCAACUGGCGUUUUAUACCACCCGCUUCGCCACAUAUGGGCGGAGCGUGA